AUGACAAGAAUACUAAGUCGGGCAGCUCGCCCCUGCCUGCGACGGCUCAGCCUCGAGGCGACACCCGUACGAGGGGCUUUCGCUCUCGGCUCACACAACUUCUCGACAUCAGAGGCCCAACAUGCCUCGCCCGGCCUGCGAUCCGUCCCCGAGGGCGUCCCGCUGCCCAUUGACGUCGUCCCCGCGACGAAACCGCCCAGCGCUCGCCCAAUUGAUACCCGAAAGAGCCAGCUGAUUCGAACCUACACCUCCCUCCUCCGCACCACGCCCCUCAUCUUGUUCUUCCAGCACAGCAACCUCACGGCGGUGGAGUGGGCCGCCGUAAGGAGAGAGCUGAAGAAGGCCCUCGAGGGCGUCGCGCCGAUUGUGCCUGCGCCGGGCGCCGAGCCUGUGGACCUGUCUCCGCUGGUGCAGCUGCAGGUGCUGAGGACGAACAUGCUGAACGUGGCGCUGAAGCUGGUGGAAUUCUACAACCCCGAGGUCGCAGCCGCGUCAAAAGCCACGAAGCGCACGACCAAGGGCCCCAUCGUCCACGAUCUGUCCGAGGCCGCCUACGAGCAAGUCAAGAACGUCGAGAUCCCUCCCAAUUCCGCCUAUGCCCAGAUCGAGCCUCUCAUGGUCGGACCCCUGGCCGGCCUCAUCAUCCCCGCCGUGUCUCCGGCACACGUCGCAGCGGCACUGAGCGUUCUCGCGCCGGUGCCCGGAAAGUUCCCUGCGCCGUCACGGAAGAAGAACCCCGGAUACUACGACCCCACGUUCCAGAACGGCCUGGCGAAGCUGGUGCUGAUAGGAGGGCGGAUCGAAGGAAAGGUCUUUGACCAGGCGGGUGUUCAGUGGGUUGGUGGCAUUGAGGGCGGCCUUGACGGUCUCCGCGCACAGCUGGUGGCCAUUCUGCAGGGCGCAGGUCUGGGCAUUACGUCUACGCUUGAAGGCGGCAGCCGCAGCUUGUGGCUGGCAUUGGAGGGCCGCAAGGGGCAGCUGGAGGAAGAGGCGAAGGGAGAGUCCAAGGGAGAGGAGCCCGCGUCUGCAUAG